GUGAAGAUCCCAAGUGAAUUCCUGUGGAUUCAGGAAUCAGUACCUGUUUUGAUCUUGAUGUCUGCUCAGCUUCAUCCUCAGUACUCCAGUCUUUUAAAGAUUCUCCACAACCAGAAGAUGGGUCGUGGGACUUGUGUUUGUUUUUAUUUGCUGAUUUAAACAGAGCCUUAUGCUCAGCUUCACAGAGUGCCUUUGCCUGGAUGACUGCACCAUGACAUCAGCAAUCCAAACCUCCUUGGGAAUACUCUAAGCUUAGUAGCCAGAAGAGUUGCACAAUGAGAAAAUCUGAGGGAGAAAAACCCAUCCUCAGCGUUUGGCAGGGGAAACAAGGAGCGGUGCUGUGAGUGGAUGUUCAUCCAGCAGAAAAAGAAGUUGCGGAAAGAGGCUUUGUUCCCUUUUUAAUCCAAUGUCCUCUCUUCUGAGGCAGGAGUGUGAGCAUCCUUUUGAUCAAAAAUAAGAGGAGUGCUCUGUGGCAAGGAAGAAGAAACCCCAGGAAGGAGUCAGAACAGAAGAAAUAAGAGGAGUCUUCAGCUUCAUACCAGAACUGUUACUGGCAUAAUUACAGCUGAAACCAGAAGGAAAUGAGCUGGCUCUGUGCUUGCUACAGAGACAGAGGUCCUCACACAGAAACAGAAGCUAUGAAAAGGCAAAGCUCUGACGGGGAGCAUGAGGUUAUUGAAUUGCAAGAAGUUAACGGGGAGGAAAGUACAGCUGAUCAUAAGAAGCCUCUAAAUUCUUCAGAACCUGCAACGAGCAAGGGGAGAGAUCAGUGGAAAUCAUGCAGGAAGAUAAUUUUCUGGAAGUGUAAACUAUGGAUGGUUUUAACUACAAUUUUUGUUGUUUUGUUCCUGGUCAUUCUCAUCAGUCUAGCUCUAUAUUCUAAUGUUUACACAGAUGAAGAUGAUUAUUGGUAUACGGAUGCACUGCUACAGAAUUAUCACAAUUUUUCUGGAAAGUUCAACUUACUGUGUGGUCUUCCACACCUUUUCUCUGAAGACAUUACUAAGAGGAUAACAGAUGUCUACAGCUCAUCUCCAGCUCUACGACGCUACUUUAGAUCUGCUAAAGUGGAUUAUGUCAGUAAUGAAAGCUCCACUGUAUUUUACCAACUAGAGUUCUUUGUACCGCCAUCAACAGAGGGGUUUAUGGAGAAUGUAAUGAACCCAGACUUUAUAAGGAAUGUUCUACUUCAAAAUAUUUAUGAUGAAGAAGAUACUUCUAAUCCCGGGGCAUCUGAAUGUACCAGGUUAAAGCUUGACCCAGCUUCUCUCGCAUCAACAUGUAAGUACUGUACUUUAGAGGGGCUGUUUACAAAGAGCACAAUUAUUUACUUGAAAAGAGGGAGAUCUUUCUGGAAAGAUGUUGAGAUUUAUUAGCUCAUGUUUUGCACAACUUUGUUAAGGUAAUUGUAAAAUACUCUGUUUACAAGAAAGUCUUGUUGUACCUAGCUUAUAAACCAGAAUUCUUUAUUUGGUCCUGUAAUGAGAGAUUGAGUAGUGAUGAAGAUGCUUAGCUACAGAAUCCAACCAAAUUCUUCUGAUCCCCUCUUGCAUUUAAUGCACACAGUUAAAAUCUCGUGUAUGUGUGUACCAUAACAGGGGGCAAAAAUAACUCCAGUUGGUUUUCCUCAUAUUUAAUUUGUAUUUAAAUGUUUGUAAAACAAAUUUAAAUCCAAGUGAAAAGGAUUAGCAAUUUGGGAGUGAACUUCUGAUGAAUUAACAGUCAACAAUGAAAAGGGAAAGAAUUCUUGGGAGAAAUUUUCGUAUACACAAAGAUAUCUUUUAAAUGAACCAAAUGUUCCAAUUUCCAGAUUUUCUAGUAAAAAGGCAGUGAUUCCAGUGUAUUUAGGUCUGUCUUUAUUGAAUUUAGGUCUGCCUUUAUUGAAAUAUCAGUAUAAAAGUCUUAUGAGCUUUGAAGUUUCACUGAAAAUAGUUCAGGGAGCUGUUGUGUUGUGUUGUGUUUUUCCCUGAAUUUAUUGAAACAUACCUAAGUGCCUUCAGAAUAAUUCAUAAGGUGAUUAUGGCACAAAGCCUCCUAAAGUUCAAGAAAUGUUUGGACAAUGCUCUCAGACAUAUAGCCUAAUUUUUAGGUAGUCUUUUGGGGGGAGGGAGAGGAACAGGAGUUGGAUUCAGUAAUCCUUCUAAUUCCCUCCCAGACUGGAAUAUGAACCUGGACUAACACAUCACAGAACAUAAUAUAUAGGUACAAGUAAGAUUUGUGCUUAAUUCAUGAGAUUACCAAGGAAGUAAAGAAUGAAGGGACAAGAAAUUAACAAGUCACAAAUUCUAAUCCUAAUAUUAUUUUAUUCCUUAUGUUGGUAAUAUUUAAAGAAAAAAAACAUACAUAAAUCCACUGUAAUACUAUAAAAGGGGCAGGAAAGAAUACUCUGAAAUAUCUAACUAAAAUUUAGUGUUAAUAAUGUGUUUUUUUAUUUUCAGGAAAAUAAUGGACAGACUCCUCAUCUUCCUUACCUCUUAGAAGAGGUGGUCUUCUACUGUCUAUUAGUGAUCUCAGGUUAGGGAGUCAUUCAACAGGUGGAAACACUUCUAAAGAUGUUCUUUAAAUGAAAAUGUGGUAUUGGUAUGAGAGUGCCUUACUCCUAACACAUUGCUACCUCCUUUAUUUUUGUGUGGAAUUAUAGGUAGAUCUUCAAUCUUGUGAAACUAACAUAUUUUGUCUGAAUAGGGCUCUGUUGGCUUCCAACCCCUCUGAUUUUUCUUUUUUUCUUUCUUUUUUUAUUAAGUUUUUAAUGAAUAUGGAUUACUUGAAUGAUCUGCUAAGGCAAAUGCCUCAUUCCUUCUGCUCUUGGCUUAUAAAAAAUUAUCUGCACAAUCUCAUCCUUAAUGCUUACAUCUACCCGUGCUCAUGUCUUUUCCUUUUCUUCUCUGCCACCUUCAUCUGCCAUAUCUCCCCAGUGCUCUUUCCUCUCAAAACAAUCAAAAACUUACAUAUACUUUCUAUUUUCAAAACUUUUGCACUUCCUUCUUAGGUGAAUUAGUACUCACAUCAUCCCCUUGUUCAUCCUAUAGUCUUCCCAGAAAAGGUGGUGUCUGAUCUGUUUUUCUCUUCUGUAAUGUGAAAUAGAAAUGAAGCAGGAAGAAGCAUUGGGAAGACUCUAAUGCAUCUGAAUGCUGCAGCAAUCUUUCAAAUCUGUCAAAUUAGCUGUGUACUUUGCUAAUUAGCUACUGGUUCUUGUGAAAAGACAUCCAUUGGAUUCACAGCUCUAAAUUCAAAGGAAAAUGAGUUUCUGCUCUACUUAUACCUCCUGCUCUGGCAGUGAUGGGGAAAAAAAAAAAAAAAAAGAACAAAACACAAAGAAAAGAAGAACCAUAAGUAAACAGAUGCAAAAUACUUUAGCAAGACAGUGACAGUUGUUCUUGAUGACAAGAGAUCAUAUGGGACAGACGAGUGUCAAGAGGAAGAUGCUGAGGCAGAUGAUGUAGGCCAGUGUAGCGUGAGAGUUACAGCCAGUAACUGACUAUAACAUGAAAGCUAAAAGUUAAGCAUUAACUUCAUGAAUAAUGUGAUACUUCACUACCAUGUUAGUGAAGUAUAACUUUUUCUCACUUACAAACAUUUUUAGCCAGUAUAAAUAUUACUAUUGUUGCAUAGAUAAAUUUAUUUUAAGGAAUUUUUUGUAUUGUGAAAAAUAUCCUAGGGAAAAUAGCUUUUUUGUUUUUCUAUUGUUACUAGUUUAUUUAAAGAGUAAACUGAAAACUAAACUAUGCAUUAAAU